GAAUUUAAAUGCUCCGAAUUACUAUCUCUCUCUCUCUCUCUCAAUUUCUCCCUUGAAUUCGGCGAAAUGAGCCUAAUUUGGAGUCCGAUCCCGAACACAAUUAUCAGCAGCAACAAGCUUAUGUUCAAUCCAAAGACGUUGCCGCGCCGCCCUCCCACGAUCGCCGCCGUCCUCUCCCAGGACGCGCGCCUCGCCUCCACCUUCGACUUCAACCGCUACAUGGAGGAGAAGGCCGCGCGCGUGGAGCGCGCCCUCGACGCCAGUGUGCCCCUCCGCGAGCCGCGCCUGGUGCACGAGGCCAUGCGCUACUCGCUCCUCGCGGGCGGGAAGCGCGUGCGCCCCAUCCUCUGCCUCGCGGCGUGCGAGCUCGUGGGGGGGCCCGAGGCCGCCGCGAUGCCGUCCGCCUGCGCGGUGGAGAUGGUCCACACCAUGUCCCUCAUCCACGACGACCUCCCCUGCAUGGACAACGACGACCUCCGCCGCGGCAAGCCCACCAGCCACAAGGCCUUCGGCGAGGCCGUCGCCGUCCUCACAGGGGACGCCCUCCUCUCCUUCUCCUUCGAGCACGUGGCAUCCGCCACGCCUCCCGGGGUGGCCCCGGACCGCGUGGUCCGGGCCAUCGCGGAGCUCGGCCGCAGCAUCGGCUCGGAGGGGCUGGUGGGAGGGCAGGUGGCGGACAUAUCCUUAGAAGGGGUGGCCGGGGUGGGGCUGGAGCAGCUGGAGUACAUCCACCUGCACAAGACGGCGGUGCUGCUGGAGGCGGCGGUGGUGAUGGGGGCGAUCGUGGGCGGGGCGGGGGACGAGGCGGUGGAGAGGUUGAGAAAGUUCGCGCGGCGCAUGGGGCUGCUGUUUCAGGUGGUGGACGACAUUCUGGAUGUGACGAAGUCGUCGGAGGAGCUCGGGAAGACUGCGGGGAAGGACGUGGCGACGGACAAGGCGACGUAUCCGAAGCUGCUGGGGCUGGAGAAGUCGAGGGAGUUUGCGGAGGAGUUGAAGAGGGAGGCGUAUGAGCAGAUUGCGGGGUUUGAUGAGGCUAAGGCGGCUCCUUUGCUUGCUUUGGCGGAUUACAUUGCUUAUAGGAAUAAUUAGUUUGGAAAACCAUCUUAAUUGUUGCUUAAUUAUUGAUCCCAUCUUGUGUUUUUCACUUGUAAUGUAUGGUCAAUAAUUGGCAUGGCAUGGAUGAAAGAAUGAAGAAUGACGAAUGAGGAAUAAAUGGUUAUUAAGUUGUGAGA